UCUGAGACGCGGGAUUCGGCUCUUCAGCGACCCCUAGUGUUGGAGUUGGGAAUCAAGGUCCUGUAAUCACAAUUGAGCGCGUGCGCUGCGACUUCCUAACGAGAAGGGGUGCGCCCUGAAAAUCGGAGUCAUCUGGUUUGGGGGGAGGUUUGUCUUCUCUCCGUUGAGUCUUCACUUCCUCUCGGAUUGCGGGGAGAGGACGGACCGUCCUCAAACCUUUUCGGACGGCGCGCGCUGGCCAUAAUGGCACCGUGGCUGCCCCUCCUGGUCGCAGUCCUGGCCAUCUGCCUGCUUCCUGCCGGCGGCUGUGUCUUAUGUGAUCCAAAGGUGAAGAAAGAGCUGGACAAUUUAAGGACAGCUUACCUGCCUGAUCACCUGGACUCGCAGCAUCACGAAAACUUUAUGUUAAGGGUAAAGCAGGCUCUGAAGGAAUUCAACGAUCUGGAGAUUGACGAGAAUUCCUUUAUGGGGGUCAUUGACCAACAUACAUUGGAAAAGGUGUCCUGGAGUUUGAUCAAGGAUAUUAAACGCAUGACGGAAAGUGCAGUAAAAGGUGAACUAUUUGUGAAAGAGUUCUUCUGGAUGUUGAAGAUACAGAAAGAUAUCUUUGCACGACACAUGGCUCGGUUCCAAAAUGAGGUUUUUUGUCCCAACAAAUGUGGUACCAUGCUGCAGACUCUGAUCUGGUGUCAAACAUGCGAGAAGCAGGUUCACUCUUGUCAUAAGUCCGUCUUCUGCGGGGAACGCCUCAUCAAGGUCCAUCGUUUGGAAGACCUGGUCCUCAAUUGCGAGCUCAGUUGGCAUCAAGCCGCUGAAGGCCUGACCACGUACCGCUUUUAUAGGGUUUGGAAGAACAAUACUGAGAAGUUGGUGUCCGAGGGAAAAGAGCCCACCCUUUCCAAGCCCAGGGUGGGUCCAGAAGAUGAAGGGAAAUACCGCUGCGAGCUCGGCACCGUGCAAAAAACCCCAGCCACGAUCCUCAGUUUCAAUGUCAAAGUGUUGCCCGAAAGGCUUGAAGAGGAAACAUUGCCAACCAGCGCAGAUAAUCUCACUAUCCCCCACUUCCACAAUGCCACCGAGACAAAACACCCACCUAACACUAUUGAUCCCUCCGUGGCGGAAACCAAAGAGACCGACCCAAAACUCUCGGAGCCGGUGCGGGAGAAGCUGCGGAGGCAAUUGAUAUUGACGCUGAUCUGGGCCUCCGUGCUGCUGAUCCUCGGCCUUGCCACCGCGGUACUUUGCUCUCGCUCUACGGAGUUGUUUGAGGGCAUAAAGUCCAACUACAAAGAUGGAACUACUCAGCAGGACAACGUUCCGAUGAAAGAGACCCAGGGAGACCAGGAGCUGACAGAUGGAUCAGAGGACAGGGAAGAAGACCAGGCAGAGGCUGAGGACAAGGCCAGGAACACUGACACCGGAAGUGAGAAAACAGCCAAAGAGUAAAGGAGGAUAAAAGAUCCAGGAAUAAAGAGAUAUCUGAUCAUGACUGCUACACUGAUCCUCAUUUGGUUCCCCAGAGAAGUCUGGAGGUGGGGUCUGGCCUGCCGCCCCCCCCCAUCUGGAAAGAAGGACCCCACUGACCUCUGUGUAAUUCCAGAACCCAGGCGGCGCA